AUGAUCCUUCCCCAGAACACCACCGAGUUUCCUCAAGUAGAGGCUGAGCAGCAGGAAAAAAAUCCCGACCCGUCCCCCUGUGUCCUGGGCAUCAUCCCCAUUAUAUAUUACAGCGUCCUCCUUUGUCUUGGGUUACCAGUGAAUCUCCUGAGUGCUGUGGUCCUUUCAAGACUGGCUUCCAAAACCAAGAAAUCCUCAUACAUCUACCUCCUGGCACUUACCACCUCAGACAUUCUGACUCAAGUUUUUAUUGUCUUCGUCGGAUUUAUUCUGCAAACUGCCAUACUCCACCGCAAAGUACCAAACGCCUUCAUACAUUUGGUCAGCGUUCUUGAAUUCUCCUCCAAUCAUGCUUCUAUCUGGAUCACAGUUCUCUUGACCAUAGACCGGUACUUGGCUCUUUGCUACCCCCUGCAGUAUCGUUCCUUGUCUUACCCCGAGCGCACUCGUAGGAUCAUCGCCAUCGUCUUUCUCUCAUCAUUCGUAACCGGAAUCCCAUUCUAUUGGUGGAGCGAUGUCUGGCGAGAUCCUGGAAGCCCAGGGUUGAUGGAUCGUAUACUCAAAUGGGUCCACUGUUUCUUAAUAUACUUCAUCCCCUGCACUAUUUUUCUUCUUACCAACACCGUUAUUAUUUGUAAGCUUCGGAAAAAGACGGAAUCCAAAAGGUACCAUCUCCAUUUAGGCAAGACCACAGCCAUCCUUAUGGGCAUUACCACUGUCUUCGCCGUGCUCUGGGCUCCAAGGACCAUCGUCAUCAUCAUCCACAUGUACGUGUCCUCUGUGAACAAAGACUGGAGGGUUCACCUGGCUAUGGACAUCGGGAAUAUGUUGGCCCUACUCAACACGGCCGUAAAUUUCUUCCUCUACUCUUUUGUGAGCGUGAGAUUUAGGGAUACAUUAAAAGAUGUUCUUUGGCUGCCUAGACCAUGUUGCCCGAAGGACAAAAAAAAAGAGCAGAACGAGAGCUACAGCAAUUCUUUGAAGCCUCUGGAAAUUCCCAUGGGGACGGUGAUCUGAGAAACACAAUGUAUCUUUUUUCCAUAUUGCAAAAUGCAU